CGUAGUCAUUCGCUUUGUCGUUCGUUUUCGCAGCGCAAACAUACACACUCGCUUUUGUGCCACUUUUGGUUACAGUCCGUCGUUUUGAAUACCCUUCGUUUCUCUACGCAUUUUCUCGAUAGUUAAUUUUACCGUCUGAGGAGAUUAGCGCAGCUUCUACACACCAGCACACAUUCGUUUUUUCUUCGCGACUCUUUGCCAAUUUAACUCAUAAUUUCGUCGACAAACCCGAGACAUUUUGUCGUUAUGGCUUCCCAGGAGACCCCCCAAGUCACCGAAAAGACGGUUCAGAACACUGCAGUCCCCGUUGUUGCAAUGCCCGUUCCGGCGCAUUCGCUUCCCCAGGAGCUGGUUGCUACUGGAUACCAGCCUUACUACCAACCUUAUCCAGGCCAGCAGCCCGUGUCACAACCGCCAGUUGAGUCGCGAAUGGAUGGGUUCACGAGACUGGGAUUCCAUGGCGCUGGUGUUCUUUUAGGCGCCAUCGGCUUGGGCCUCUCUUUGGGGUCUCUGCAGGGUGGCAACAUCAGUGGUGCUAUUGCCGCAGCCCCUCCUGCUGGUAUUGCUAUGGUAUGGAGUCUUGCAGAGGUGAUCACUAGGGCCGUUCGGAAAUUUAAGUCUGGUAUUCACCCUGGUGCACAUGUCGGCGUGUGCCUCAUCCUCUGGAUGCUUUCCAGCGUCAUGGGCGGCAUUCUCUGCACAUACGUCGCCCUGAAUCCCUACCGAGAUGACCAAGACUGCGGCACCUAUACUUAUACGGACAGCUACGGAAACCGGCACACAUCCAGCAGCUACUGUGAUGAGUAUUCGGAUCCCUAUCCUCGGGGCAAACUCCUCGGCGCAGCCGUCAUCACUUGCCUCAUCUUUGGGCUGUACUUUGGCCUCUUCAUCGACGCCUGCAUCAACACGCACAGACGCAAUGUCGCCGCCAAGCGCCCCAUCAUGAUGAUUGCACAGCCGCAGAACUGGCCUGCUGCUGCUCAGGGAUGGCAGCCGAUGCAGAACGUUGCGUCUACGGAGGCUGUUCAGAUGCAGACUCCUGCUGCUGCCGCCACACAGGCCCCAGUGAUUAGGGAGUAUUAUGCCCCGGCUUAAAGGAAGAGAAUCUAUCUAGGCUGAGAAGCGAGACAAGAGAUGGAAAUGGUCAUGUAAUGGAGACUUUUUUGUUUUUCGAGUUUAUUGGCGAUAUGAUUCUACGAAGUGCUUGGCCUGGGCUGGCUACAACUUAGACCACGUACACCACUAUAAUGAUACCUAAUACCUUGCAACGAGCCUGAAACUGAAUC